AUAACUAUUUAUUGUUGCAAAAUACUCCUGUUAAGAAACGAAAACUUACGUCCGUGAAAUUUUACUGCUAAUAAAAACUUAGCACCCUCAAUAAUAUCCGCUCGUUUUUCCGCCUUGCGCUCCUUCAAACUUACCCAAAUCUUUGUUUUCUUGUGAGACUUUCAUAAACACUCGUUUAGCAGGUUAAAUUAGCUGGUAGGCACAGAGGGUAACAUGUUUUAAUGACUCCAUCAUUGAUAGAUCGACAUUAACCUAUGAUUAUGCUGUUUCUGUCUGAACUAACCAAAGUUUGAUUUCUAUUACAUUUUAUGACAUUCUGACAAGGCUGUUUAAUGUGGAGUUGGUGAAAAGAGAGUGUAGAACCAGCCACUAUUUUUCUUUCCCCUCGUUACAUGACGCGCAGAUUUUAUGACAUUUUGAAAAGGCUGUUUAAUGUGGAGUUGGUGAAAAGAGAGUGUAGAACCUGCCAAUCUUUUUCUUUCCCCUCGUUACAUGACGCGCAGAAUGAAUUAAUCAAUGAAGUGUAAUUUUUUUUUAACAGCCAUCUUCAAAAUAACCUUAUCAACGUUGUACCAAAUACUGCAUUCCAUGGACUGACAAACCUACAAACCUUGAAUUUGCAAGACAACCAAAUUUGCAGGAUUUUGAAGAUUAUGUUCAAGGAUUUAAGUUCAUUGACUAGACUAUAUUUGGCGAACAAUGAAAUUGCAUUUAUUGAAGAUGGAACUCUAUCAGUUAUGACAACCUUUAACGACUUGGACCUUAGGAAUAAUCAGCUCACAACACUUCCAGUGGGUGGAGAUUUUCACAACAAACGAUUUGAUAGACUAUACAUCUCAAAUAACAGAAUCACCACAAUUGGCAGUGGGACAUUUGUUAAUGUCACAUGCUCAGGAAGUUGUUCAGAGUUUUCACGAAAUACUCUGUGGAAUUUUGGAGGCAACAGAAUCUCCUCUAUUGAAUCUGGAGCCUUUCAAAAUAUACAAGGAUCUGGUUGCACAAUGCGCUUUGGCUCAAAUGUGCUGAAGAAAAUUGCUUCUCGUGCUUUUGAUAAUGUGGACAUUUGCUACCUUGAGCUGUAUGGACUGGAGUUGACAACGAUAUCCUCUGAAGCAUUCAAAGACGUGACAGUUACUUGGGAUCUUGAACUGUAUAGCAGCAAGAUUGCCACGUUUGAAGAAAACCCUUUCCUGUCGCUCAUAGUGAGCAAUGGAAUCCUUGAACUUCAGGACAAUGCCAUUCAAGCUGUUACAGGAAAGCUGUUUGGAGAUUCUGGAUCAUCCGU